CGGCGGGAGGUGUCGCUGGGGCCGGACGCGUGCGGGGAGCGGGGCGGGGACGGAGCCGCGGCGGGCAAAGUCCAGAGCCCACGGCCGCCGCAGCCGUGCGCCCGGCGGCUCGCAGAGACGCUCGAGGUCCGAGGCCGAGAUGGAGCUGGAGGCUGUGCGGAACGGCAGCGCCCGGCGCCCCUGGACAGCCGAGGGCGACUUCGGAGUGGGCGGCAGCAGCAACCAAGACAGGAAGAAAAUGAAGAAAGUGAAUUUGAUUGGACCGUUAACGUUGUUUCGAUACUCUGAUUGGCAGGAUAAAUUGUUUAUGUUGCUGGGCACCAUCAUGGCCAUAGCUCAUGGAUCAGGUCUUCCCCUCAUGAUGAUCGUGUUUGGCGAAAUGACUGAUAAAUUUGUUAACACUGCAGAAAACUUCUCCUUUCCAGUGAAUUUUUCAUUGUCGCUGCUAAAUCCAGGCAGAAUUCUGGAAGAAGAAAUGACUAGAUAUGCGUACUACUACUCAGGAUUAGGUGCCGGAGUUCUCCUCGCUGCCUAUAUACAAGUUUCGUUUUGGACUUUGGCAGCUGGCCGACAGAUUAAAAAAAUUAGGCAAAAAUUUUUUCAUGCUAUUCUACGACAGGAAAUAGGCUGGUUUGACAUCAAUGACACCGCUGAACUCAACACACGGCUAACAGAUGACAUCUCCAGAAUCAGUGAAGGAAUUGGUGACAAGGUUGGAAUGUUCUUUCAAGCAGUAGCCACGUUUUUUGCAGGAUUCAUAGUGGGGUUCAUCAGAGGCUGGAAGCUCACCCUUGUGAUAAUGGCCAUCAGCCCCAUCCUGGGGCUCUCUGCAGCUGUUUGGGCAAAGAUACUGUCGGCCUUCAGUGACAAAGAACUAGCUGCCUAUGCAAAAGCAGGUGCCGUGGCAGAGGAGGCUCUGGGCGCCAUCAGGACCGUGAUAGCUUUCGGGGGCCAAAACAAAGAGCUGGAAAGGUAUCAGAAACAUUUGGAAAAUGCCAAAAAGAUUGGAAUUAAGAAAGCCAUUUCAGCAAACAUUUCCAUGGGCAUUGCCUUCCUGUUGAUCUAUGCCUCGUACGCACUAGCCUUCUGGUAUGGAUCUACUCUAGUUAUAUCCAAAGAAUACACCAUUGGAAAUGCAAUGACAGUCUUUUUUUCGAUCCUAAUUGGAGCUUUUAGUGUUGGUCAGGCUGCCCCGUGUAUCGAUGCUUUUGCCAAUGCGAGAGGAGCAGCAUAUGCGAUCUUCAAUGUUAUUGACAGCAAUCCUAAAAUUGACAGUUUUUCAGAGAGAGGACACAAACCAGACAGCAUCAAAGGGAAUUUGGAGUUCAAUGAUGUUCAUUUUUCUUAUCCAUCUCGAGCUAAUGUCAAGAUCUUGAAGGGCCUCAACCUGAAGGUGCAGAGCGGGCAGACGGUGGCCCUGGUGGGGAGCAGCGGCUGUGGGAAGAGCACGACCGUCCAGCUGAUGCAGAGGCUCUACGACCCCACAGAGGGUACGAUUAACAUCGACGGGCAGGAUAUUAGGACCUUAAACGUGAGGUAUCUGAGGGAAAUUAUUGGAGUGGUGAGUCAGGAGCCAGUGCUAUUUUCUACCACAAUUGCUGAAAAUAUUCGUUACGGCCGUGGGAAUGUCACCAUGGAUGAGAUCAAGCAAGCUGUCAAAGAAGCCAAUGCCUAUGAAUUCAUCAUGAAAUUGCCACAGAAAUUCGACACGCUGGUUGGAGAGAGAGGGGCCCAGCUGAGCGGUGGGCAGAAACAGAGGAUCGCCAUUGCCCGUGCCCUGGUUCGCAACCCCAAGAUCCUCCUGCUGGACGAGGCCACCUCAGCCUUGGACACAGAAAGUGAAGCAGAGGUUCAGGCGGCUCUGGAUAAGGCCAGGGAAGGCCGCACCACCAUUGUGAUAGCGCACCGGCUGUCUACCGUCCGAAACGCCGAUGUCAUUGCCGGGUUGGAAGAUGGCGUUGUCGUGGAACAAGGAAGCCACAGCGAGCUGAUGAAGAAGGAAGGAGUGUACUUCAAACUCGUCACCAUGCAGACAUCAGGGAACCAGAUUCAGUCAGAAGAAUAUGAAGUUGAACUAAAUGGUGAAGAGGCUACCACUGCUAUGGCCCCAAAUGGCUGGAAAUCUGGAAUAGUUAGGAAUUCUACCCAUAAAAGCAUUAGAAAUUCACGAAUGCAUCAGAAUGGCCAUGAUACAGAAGACAGUGAACUUGAUGCCACUGUGCCACCGGUGUCAUUCCUGAAGAUCUUGAAACUGAACAAGACCGAAUGGCCCUACUUCGUGGUGGGAACAGUGUGUGCCGUCGCCAACGGGGCUCUCCAGCCGGCCUUUUCAGUCAUAUUCUCUGAGAUGAUCGCGGUUUUUGGCCCCGGGGACGAUGCGGUGAAGCAGCAGAAGUGCAACAUGUUCUCGUUGCUGUUCCUGGGGCUGGGGAUCCUCUCCUUCUUUACUUUCUUCCUUCAGGGCUUCACGUUUGGGAAAGCUGGCGAGAUCCUCACCACGAGGCUGCGGUCGAUGGCUUUCAGAGCCAUGCUGAGGCAGGACAUGAGCUGGUUUGAUGAUCAUAAAAACAGUACUGGUGCACUUUCUACAAGACUUGCCACGGAUGCUGCCCAAGUCCAAGGAGCCACAGGCACCAGGUUGGCCUUGAUCGCCCAGAACACGGCCAACCUUGGCACCGGCAUUAUCAUCUCAUUUAUCUACGGUUGGCAGUUGACCCUUUUGCUGCUGUCGGUUGUUCCGAUUAUUGCUGUGUCAGGAAUUGUUGAAAUGAAGAUGCUGGCCGGAAACGCCAAGAGAGAUAAAAAAGAGCUGGAAGCGGCUGGAAAGAUUGCAGCAGAGGCGAUAGAAAAUAUUAGGACUCUUGUGUCCUUGACCCAGGAAAGAAAAUUUGAAUCUAUGUACGUUGAAAAACUGCGUGGGCCUUACAGGAACUCGGUGCGGAAGGCGCACAUCUACGGGAUUACCUUUAGUAUCUCACAAGCGUUUAUGUAUUUUUCCUAUGCUGGUUGUUUUCGAUUUGGUGCCUACCUCAUUGUGAAUGGACACAUGCGCUUCAGAGAUGUUAUUCUGGUGUUCUCAGCAAUCGUGUUUGGCGCAGUGGCUCUCGGACACGCCAGCUCCUUUGCUCCGGACUACGCCAAAGCCAAGCUCUCUGCAGCCCACUUGUUCAUGCUGUUUGAAAGGCAGCCUUUGAUCGACAGCUACAGCGAGGAGGGGCUGAGGCCUGGUAAGUUUGAAGGCAAUGUGGCAUUCAAUGACGUCGUGUUCAACUACCCGACACGGCCCAACGUGCCGGUGCUGCAGGGGCUGAGCGUGGAGGUGAAGAAGGGCCAGACGCUCGCGCUGGUGGGCAGCAGCGGCUGCGGGAAGAGCACCGUGGUGCAGCUGCUCGAGCGGUUCUACGACCCCAUGACCGGAACAGUGCUCCUAGAUGGUCAAGAAGCAAAGAAACUCAAUGUCCAGUGGCUCAGAGCUCAACUUGGAAUUGUGUCCCAGGAGCCCAUCUUGUUUGACUGCAGUAUUGCUGAGAAUAUUGCCUAUGGGGACAACAGCCGGGCAGUGUCCCAGGAAGAAGUUGUGAGUGCAGCCAAGGCCGCCAACAUACACCCUUUCAUCGAGACGCUACCCCAUAAAUACGAAACCAGAGUGGGAGACAAGGGGACUCAGCUUUCGGGAGGUCAGAAACAGAGGAUUGCCAUUGCCCGAGCCCUCAUCAGACAACCUCAGAUCCUACUCCUGGAUGAAGCUACAUCAGCUCUGGAUACUGAAAGUGAAAAGGUGGUCCAAGAAGCCCUGGACAAGGCCCGGGAGGGCCGCACCUGCAUCGUGAUCGCACACCGCCUGUCCACCAUCCAGAACGCAGACAUGAUAGUGGUGUUGCACAACGGCAGAGUCAAGGAGUGCGGCACUCACCACCAGCUGCUGGCACAGAAAGGCAUCUAUUUUUCGAUGGUCAGUAUUCAGACUGGGACACAGAACUGAUGGACUGUUUGUUACAAUGUAUCUUACAAAUAAACUCAUAAUUCUACUCUCUGACUUAAAGAAGUUUCUGGCUUAAGUCAUCAUAAAAUAUAGGAGUGCUUUAUUCCACAUCAAUUUAGAACAUCCCAUUUGGUGUUUUGAUAUUAUACCAUUUGAAAUUUGAGUGUUAGAAGUGAUACCUGUUUUGAUGAAUUAUAUACAGGUGUAGAAUAGACAGAUGCAGGGAAAAUUCUUACAGUCCUGAAUAGGUGAGUAGAUGACAGGAUAGUUUGAGAAGUUUCCCAACACAAAACCGAAAUAAACUGCUCAGUAGCCUAAUCGCUUCCUUUGUUAAGUUUCUAAAGUGUUCUGUUUUGGAACUGAGGUUUUUUAAAUGAAUGUAUAUCCAGAUUUGUCAUCUGAGAAAAUUAAAUUGCCCUUAGACUAGCUAACUUUGCAAGUAUA